AUGUUCGCGAUCGCACACGACACAAUUUUGCGCGACUCCCUCGCCGGCCUCCUCCAAUUAGCGUCGGAGCGCGUUUUCUCCACUUAUCGGCCUCCUCCCGUCUCGGGUUUGUGAUUAUUCAUGGGUUUUUAAUGGAUUUAGGGGCAGAAUGAUAAAAAAUUUCGGAAAAAUCAUGAAUUUUGUGCCCCAAGAGGUGUAGUUCCUAUCAUAUUUGUUCAAAAACACCAUCAAAAGGGUCACGGGUUCGACUCCCACCCAGAGCGAGCUGCCUUUUGCCGUUUUUCCAGAUCCUUGUAUUGUUGAUAUAUCGGUAGUAUGAAAAAAACACCGGCAAAAAUUCCAACGGCGACUUUUCCGAUUUUUUCAUAUCGCUAGGGAACUUUCCGACGGCCACCUUUCCGACGAAACUUUUUCCGACUUUUUUUUCUCGAUAAACUCUUCGUUUUACAUCUUCCUAUAUAAAGUAGGUAGUUUGUUCAUAAUUAAAACACAAAGAAAUAGGAAAAAAAUGUUUAUAGAUGUUUUAUAAACCGAAAAGCAUAAGGGAAAAAAGUCGGAAAAAGUUUCGUCGGAAAGGUGGCCGUCGGAAAGUUCCCUAGCGAAAUGAAAAAAUCGGAAAAGUCGCCGUUUGAAUUUUCGCUGGUGUUUUUUUCAUACCACCGAUAUAUCGUCUGAAAAAAAUCAAUUGAGCGUUUGUUCACAUAAGUAUAUGACUAAAAUUUGAAACAGUAAUGAUUGAUUUUUUUCUUGAAUUUUUUUAUGAAAAAUUGGCUCAAUCCCGCCACUUUUUUUAAAAAAAUAUUUAUAUUUCAGGAAAUCUCGUAGUUGGAAUUGAAGACGUUGGCGAGGGGAAUCUCCGUUUCGCAGUUCGAUAUUUCUUGGCAAAUGUACCGUUUUUUCACUUUUUCAUCAUGAAAUCCUGUACCCAAAAUUCGAAAUUUUAGGCCGAAAAAAACAUCAAAUUAUUCGUCGUUAAACGCCAUUGGACAGAGGCGGAGGAAGCUCGUUUUGAAGAGGUAUUUUUUGAAUUUAGAGUCCCUGGAGUGUCGCUGGAAGGGUCACGAGUUCAAGCCCUCACCUCGUUUUUGUCAGGCUUCGGAAACAGUUUUUUGAUCAUUUCUUGCUUGGAACUUGCUCUGACGGCUGUUCAGAGAGUUAUUUACUUCACAUAGAAGCGCAGCUGGAAAGCUCUAAUUUGUCGCUGAUGGGGUCACGGGAUCGGUUCCUCUUGACGUUUUUGCCGGGCUUCUAAAACUUUUUUGAGGUUUCAAGGAAUAUCUUUUCUGUUUAGAACUUUUUCUGAUAGCUGUUUAUAGAGUUCUUGAUCACAAAUGAAAUAGGUUAGCGCAGCUGGAAGGUUGUUCACUGAAGCUCGAAGGGUCACGAGUUCAAGCCCUCACCCAUUUUUUGCCAAGUUUUCGAAGUCGUUUUUUGAUCAUUUUCUGCUUAGAUCUCGCUCUGAUGACUAUUCAUAGAGGUAUUCACUUUUAAUAGAAAUGGUUAGCGCAGCUGGAAAGCUCUAAUUCAUCGCUGACGGGGUCGCGGGAUCGGUUCCUCGUGACGUUUUUGUCAAGUUUUCGAAGUCGUUUUUUGAUCAUUUCUUGCUUGGAACUCGCUCUGAUGACUGUUCAGAGAGUUAUUUACUUCACAUAGAAGCGCAGCUGGAAAGCUCUAAUUCAUCGCUGACGGGGUCGCGGGAUCGGUUCCUCUUGACGUUUUUGCCAAGCUUCUAAACUUAUAUUCUGAGUCUUUUUUGUUUGAAAUGUACUCUGUCAGCUAUUCCUUCGGUUUUCGACCACCUAUAAAAUAGGUUAGCGCAGCUGGAAAAUUUCAAUUCGAAGCCCAAGAGGUCACUGGUUCGAUUCAUCUCCUCGUUUUUGCUGAGCCAUUUUGAGGAGAACUUUUGGCUUUUCGUAGCUUCUUCCUAACAGCUACAUGUACAUUCGGUUUCCCACUUCAAAAAAAAAUGGCGUAGCGCCGCAGGGAAAGGUGAAAUUUGACAUUCAAGAGGUUACAAGUUCGAUCCCUCUCCGUUUUUCUGAGUUUUGCCAUUUUUCUCUGUACUCAAAAAUAUUUCAGUUGGUCCGGACUGAGUACCGAAGAGCACAUGACCUGAAUCAGAAGGCGAUUGACAGAAUUAAGUGAGUUUCUAAUUAAUUUCCCGAAAAAAACGAUGAUUUCCAGUAAACUCCCCGAUUGUGAGUGGAAAUCGGAGCGAUUGGAACAAUUAUCAGAAUGGAAAACGAUUCCGACCAUUAGCCAUACACUCCUGACAUUGAACGACAACUUAAAGGUGCGUUUGAGCAGUUGGUUAGAGGCGCGACUGAUAGGAAAAGGGUCACGAGUUCGAGUCCUACUAGUGGACUUUUUUUGCGUUCUUUCGAAAUUCCUCUUCAACUCUCAGGAGCUUUGUUUUUUCACAUCUGAGUAAAAAAAAAAAUUGAAUUUUGGCGCAGUUGGUUAGAGGCGUGAUCAGGAGUAAACUAGUUCCAGGUUCGGGUCCCUCUAGUGGAUUUUUUGCCUUUUUGCAACGUUAUUUUAGGGGUUUCUUAAGCUUUUGAUAAUAGCAUAUAUCAUUUUAAUGAAAAAGUCAAAAGUAACAUCUUGGUCUAGUUGGUUAGAGACUCGAACAAGAGUAAUUGAGUCUCAGGUUCGAGCCCUACUAACCGUUUUUUUGCUGUUUUUUUGAGCCAAAUUUUUGAAUUUUUUUCGAAGAAUUUCAAACGUUUGUGAAGUUUUACGAGUUUCUGAGUUUGAAAAUGAUUUUUUUCAACAAAUAAAAUUUUCAAUUUUCAAUUUUUUUCAGUCAGAAAUCGACGCUCUUGUCCGGAUAGCCCAUUGCACCAUUUCUGAAGAUUCCGCCUCGUUGACUUCAAAACCGCCGGUGAGAGUUUCUAGAACGUAAAAAAAACUUUAAAAAAACCCUCAAAGAUUUAUCAUCUUGAGAAUGGAAAAAAAAAAAUGAAAAAAGUUCAGUUUAUCUGUUAUUUUUCUCGGUUUUUGGUUCAAAAUUAGAAAUAUUAGACUUUUUGAAGCAUUUUGUCGGUGAUCAGAAGAUUUCCUGUAACAGUUUGCUCUGAAAAAGACAAUCGAAACAUGUUUAAAAAAUGGCAAAAGGUAUCUGGAGGUACGGGGGAUUGAUCCCCGGACUUCUCGCAUGCAAAGCGAGCGCUCUACCACUGAGCUACACCCCCGACAGCUGAUCGGCGGCGCCAGUUUUGACAAGUUUCGCGUCAUUUACAGGUACUGCAUUGGACGGCGGAUCCUCUGGAAGGCGAAGUACAAUUUAUCGUCCAGUUCACCUUCCCGCUAGUCGGACCUGAUCAAACUACAUAUAGGGAGAUUUGUAGGUUGGUUAUUAAGGGUGAAAUUUCUUUCACAUUUUCAAUUUUUUAAAGUUUUUCCUGACUAGUUUUCUGCGAAGUUUCUCUGAAUUAAAAAGACAAUUUUUUUAAUUUUAGAUCUUUAAAACCUCACGCGGACUCCACUUACGAAUGGAUUGGAGGCAUUCUUCUCACUACCGAUCCGGUUUGUUAAUUAAUCACCUGGUUAAUUAAUUAACUAAUUAAGUACAAAAUUUGAAAAAAAUGCAAUUUCCAGAUCCGCCUUCAUGUACAACGCUACUGUGACACGGUCAUCGAGUUCGUCGCCAGGAUUUGUGUUGAUGAACUGGAAGGUGGGCAUCUUCUGUUCGCAUUUUAAAAGCGUCCACGUGAGAAAAUUAGGAAAAAUUUAUAUUUUGAAAUAGUGGAAGAUUAGCGCUUUAUAAUGCUACCAGAUUUGAAAGGAAAAAGUUAAAAUUCGAAAUUUUUAGAAGGGAUGAAGUGAAGGGCAUUUUUCGGGGUUUUUCUAGAAGAUACCAAAAAUAUCCCUAAUCUAGAAGGAGCUGAAAAUUAUAGCUUUUUUUUGUUACCGACGGCCCGCCCAUAUUUUUUUCCGUAAAGUGCAGUGUGUCGUGUGCAUACACUGCGGCGUUCUGGCACACCUUUUUUGUCCGAUGGCUUAAAAAAAACUUGUCGAUCUGGUGCUGAAAGAAUGAAAUAAACGACUUAUUGAUCAUCUCACUUCACAAAAAAAAGUCCAGGAGAAGAAGCAUCGAAACCGAUGCGACUGGUUUGGCCAUACUUGGCGAUCGCCCUGAAACAGUGUGUUCAGAUACUCGCCGAACACCCUCAUUUACAGUACUCUGUGAGUUUUCUUCACACAGAACUCAAUUUAAAAGGGUUGGCUUAAAAAAAUGUCAAAAAAAAAAUAUUUGAAGGAGAGACCGCGACGCGGAGCCGCAACGCGUCCGAGAGAACUGAGAUUUUUAACAACUUUUUCUAUUUUUAGAACCUUGAUUUUUCACUAAGAAAACUGAUAUGCGAUAACGAUUCCAAAGGGUCCAAGAACGCUUGAAUAUUUUCAAAAUACGGUAAAUUCAGCGGAAAAUUUUGAACUAGAACCUCAAAAAGUUGGAUUAUUUUAAAAAUUGGGCCGCGACGCGUUUGACGGAACUGGAAUCAAGAUUUGAAUGAUAUUUCCUCUUUUUUUGAAAAGAAAGCGUUUCCUUCAACAUUUACAGUUUUAUACAUGUUUUCAAGCAUCUUAUUUUGAUGAUAAGAAAAAGACCGCGACGCGGAGCCGCAACGCGUCCAACGAUACUCAAGAAUAACCAUUCCAGAUGACGUUCGUCCCGUUUGGAGCCCCGUUCUACACACCGGAAUUGGAAUCCCGGCUUUUUGACGCCACGAUUUUCUCCGCCACCGCUACGGUCUUUCAAAAAGUCAUUCUGAUUCUUAUAGUUCAUUCAUUAUCAUUUUAAUCUGUCUAACUGUCUGGUCUCUCGUUUUGUCUGGACAGUUAGACGAAAAAUUCCAAAAAACGAUUUUUUUCAGCUCGGCUUCCGCGUAGGUAACGAUUUGUACGCCGUGAACGUCGAAAAUAUUUUUCCGGGUAAUUUUUUUUUUCGAUUUUUCAUUCUGGAGUUUUCUAGCCCCUCUCAAUCCCCUCUACCGAAGGAAAAAAGAAAUGACGUCAUUAUAAUUCCUAAUGACGUCACUCGUUUCCAGACGGGCCUUACAAGUCGCUGUCGCAUCUUCUGUCGCUAACGCCACCCUCGCCGCGACUUUCUCGAUCGCAGAGCGAUAUCGACGUCGCGACAUCGCCGUCGCCUCUGCCGGAAGUCAGCAGCCACGGCAGCGGUCUCACUGUUUCGCACAAUCGCGGUCGUCGCGUCUCUUUUGGUUAGUCUUAGCAAAAAUGAGCAAUAUUUGGAUGACGUCAUGGUCAUGAUACUCUUAUCGCUAUUAUCAGCUAACGUGAGCAAUACUUAUUUAAGGACUAGUUAAGAUGAGCAAUAUAAGAACUGAGCCAUUUUCAUUUAUUUCUGAUAAGAUGACGUCAUAUUUUCGCAGGACGCUUUAGAGAAUUUGAUAUGAGCUAGGAUGAGCAAUAACUUGUGAAGUGACGUCAUUAUUAUUUUUUCUUUGGCGCUCUGAGAGCUGCAAAUAAGGUGAUAGCGUAAGCUUUAUGUUUUUUUUUUUGAUUUGAAGCCUGAGAUAACAUGAGCAACAAUAAUUAUCAUAGUAACAUGAGCAAUAUAAGUUAUCAAGACUUCAGCCUCAGUCAGUAUGAGCAACACAUUGCAAUUCUAGGCACCAUCAAGCUGAUGUCCGAAACGACGACAGUUAACAACGGCGUGGUAGACGAGUAUGUGGAAAGGAUGCUCCAGACGACAAUCGAUCAACUCGCCGUCUAA